UUUCACUCAACUAGCUGUAAUAGAAGUAUUCCCGUAUCACUUUGUUGUCCACUUUUUCGUCAGAAGUACAAUGUUCCGUUUUAUCCUGUUCGUUGUUUCUAUAGUUAUUGCACUUCUUGGCACCACUACCGCGGAAGGUGAUAGCAAGAGUUACACAGCUCUACGGUUUGCUUAUGACAGUUCGAGUCAUAUUGCCUUCGACCCAGAUAUGAGCUCAAUGACUGAAAAGUUUUCAGUAUGUUUGUGGAUUAAGAAGAUUGUAUCAGGAAAUGGCAAUUGUCCAUUCGCAUACGGUGGCCAUACUCACUUCGAGAUAUUUAUGACAGACAGCGGCUACUACAACAGACUGUUUAAAUCAACCUCACUUGACGGUACUCUGACCAGCAAGUUUACAACGACGGCAGGAAAUUGGUAUACAUAUUGCUCGACGUGGAGCUUGGCUUCCAGAACCUUUAGAGUGUAUGUGAAUGGGCACCUCGCCGGAACCCAAACCACACCAUCCGGGAGGAGGCUGACCACAGGAUAUAAGCUAGUUUUGGGGGCUUAUCAUACAGAUGGAGCUCAGCAAUUUGGGGGCGAAAUUUUCAACUUGAAUGUGUUUUCUAAAGAACUGACUGCUACGGAGAUAGCUAUCAUGGCUGCAAAAGGUCUCUGUACAGAUACACCUGAAGAACUGGAGGAUUAUAGAAUAAUUAAGUGGGAACAAAUUAUGAAACUUACCAGAUCUGGCACAGUGACUGACGUUAUUGACCCGAGAUGUGUAGCUGCUCAUGAACUACAGGGCACGAAAAGAAAACUGGAGACUGCUGUCGGAGAAAAGAAUAGCGUCGAACUCUCCCAGAACCUGACGCGGGCAGAGCUGCUGAAAGUUCAAGGACUCUUCAACUCAACACAGGAGGAUCUAGAGGAGGUCAAGAGAGAGCUGAAUGAAACGAAGAGUGCGCUUGUGGAUACCCAGUCGGAGCUUGAAGAUGCCCAGUCGGAGCUUGAAGACACCCAGUCGGAGUUAAAGAAUGUCACUGAGUACAAAUGUCCGAUCAGCAAGGGAAAUGUGACUAAGUGGGAUAUCUUCUAUUCUCCUACCUACUAUAAUAAACCCUUCACCCGUCGGCUUUACCAACAACUCCGCACAACUUGGGACUCAGUCAGCAAGCAACUGUUUGGAGUCACGAUGACAGACACGAUUAUCAAACUGGCAAAAAACCUGGACUGUGAAGAUAAGGAAUUUUCGUAGUUCUUGACAUGUCAUGUGAAGAUAACUGUGAAGCUUUGAUUGGACGAUGGAGUUUACUGAAGCAGUGCGACCUUUUCUACUAAAAAUGUUCUACUUCUACAAAAACAAUAAUUAGAAUUAUAAUUUACAUAUUGUAUGCCCACUUUAAGGGUAUAUAAGUUAAUC